AUGCGUGUCCCCAGCCUCUCGCAGCUGCUCCUCGCAGCAGCCAGCUGGGUUUCAUUGACCACGGCAGUACCGCUGGCGGCGCGGGGUGAUAUUUCCAAGCGCACCAAGCCCAUUGCUCCCAAAGUCGUGAUCAUCUCGAUGUUCGACCCGGAAGCCGAAGUGUGGUAUGGCAUCCCCGAGUUCGACUUACUCGCACAAAACAUCAGUGUGCCCGGCCUGUCGCCUCUUUUCCCCGACGUUCACUGCACGGCCGAUGGCGAUGUGUGCCAGGUCGUUACGGGAGAGUCCGAGAUCAAUGCAGCAUCGACCAUCAGCGGAUUCGUGCUGAGCCCCCAAUUCGACCUCACCAGGACAUAUUUCAUGGUCGCAGGCAUAGCGGGCGUGAAUCCCAAAGUGGCAACCCUCGCCUCUGUCACGUUUGCCAAAUAUGCAGUCCAAGUGGCGUUGCAAUAUGAGUUUGACAUGCGAGACGUGCCGGGCAAUUUCACCACAGGCUAUGUGCCGUUUGGGGUCGAUGCGCCGGACAAGUAUCCCACCACAAUCUACGGCACGGAAGUAUUCGAAGUCAACGAGGCUCUGCGCGACAUUGCCAUUAGCUUCGCUUCCGGAGCCUCCCUGAAUGACACCCCCACGGCUCAAGCAUAUCGUGCACUGUACGCUCAGGAAGCCCUGUACACGGUCGCGUCGGAACCACCAAGCGUUCUCGGCUGUGAUGUGGCCACAUCAGAUGUUUACUAUUCCGGUACACUCCUGUCCGAGGCGUUUGAGAACACAACCACGCUCUGGACCAAUGGUUCAGGCGUCUACUGCACCACGGCCCAAGAAGACAACGCGACCCUCGAAGCCAUUAUGCGUGCCGCGCAAAAGAACCUGACCGACCUCAAUCGAGUCAUUGUGAUGCGCACAGCCUCCGACUUCGACAGACCCCCUCCAGGCAUCAGCGAGAUCCAGAACCUCUUCUACGCGAACCAGGGUGGUUUUCCACCGGCCAUCCUCAAUCUGUACCUCGCGGGCAUUAAGGUCGUCACGGGUAUCCUUGAUGGAUGGGAGACUACCUUCGCCAAAGGGAUCGCGGCGCCCAAUUACGUGGGAGACAUGUUUGCCACGUUGGGCGGGGAGCCGGAUUUCGGCCAACCCAGUGAGUUCAUAACAAAGAGAAGGAAGAGAGCACUGCCCACGCCCGAGGGUGAAGUACAAGGAAAUCUGAGGAUGAGGAGAGCUGCGGAGAGUGCGAGGAGGCGUAUUGCGAGAGCUCAGGCAAUGGGCAUUGAGACUUAG